AGGACGGGGGGCAGGAGCACCAUCCAGCCCCGUGUGCAGGGAGGGUCCCUCACCCCAGAACGAGCAGUGGCAUGUGGCAGGUGUGACCCUCCCCACCCGUGCCAGGCCACCAUGGAGCCGUGCCCGGGGCAGCCCCAGGAGGCCCUGCUGACGGUCAACGAGCAGGUUAUUGUCAUGUCCAGCCACGAGACCAUCCGGGUGCUGGAGGUGGGGGUGGAUGGGGACCCCAAAACGACCGGGGAGGGAGCGGGGGGGUCCCCGGCACAGGGGGGCCCCCCAGGUGUGGAGGACGCUCCCGCCAGCACCCCGAGCUCGUCUGGCGGGGAGGCGGCAGGUAAAGCCAAAGCAGCGUCGCCCGCCCCGGUGGCCUCGAGCCCCGCCCCGAGCCAGCCCGGCGUGACACACCUGGCCGUGCAGGCCACGCCACAGGUGUUGGCUCAGGAAAGCUUAGCCACAGGUGUGACAGGAGUAAUGGUUCCGGCAGGGACAGUUACUCAACCUCUUCUUAUCCCCAUCAGUAUUGCAGGUCAGGUGACAGGCCAGCAGGCGCUGGCCCUGGUGACAAUUCCCACAGCAACGCUCGCCGCGCUCCCGGGACUGACGCCGGCGGCACCUGCGGGGGCGAUUUUCAAACCGCCCGUAGCCAAUCUCACAGCCGCCGCCGUGCUCAGCCCCGCCGUCCCGGCCGUGCCCGCGGUGCCGGCGCCGCGCCCGCCCCCGGGCAAGCCCCCGCUGCUGCCCCAGCCCCCCCCGGCGCCCACCCCCCCAAAGGAGCCCCCGGUGGCCGUGCAGCCCCAGAUCGCCGGACUGGCCUUUAACCCCGGCAUUCUCACGGCGGCUCUGGGGGCGCAGCCGCAGAUCCUGGGGUCCCUCAGCGCCCCCCCCGUGAUCGCCACCCCCCUGCCCAGCGUGCAGGGGAUCCCGGGGCAGCUGCUGAGCACCGCCCAGGGCCAGGUGAUCGGGACCCUGCCGUGGGUCGUGGCCCCCCCCGGGGUGGCCGCGGCCGCCCCCGCGCCGGCCCCGCCCAGCCUGCAGGUGACAGCGGUGACCCCGCAGCUGCUGCUGAACGCGCAGGGCCAGGUGAUCGCCACGCUGGGCGCCACGCUGGCCACGGGGACAGCCCUGGCCGCCGCCCCCCCCGCGCCCGCCCCCGGCAAGAAAAACGGCCCCGCUGAGCAGCCCCCCAUCAAGAGCGAGGUCCAGCCCAUCCAGCCGGCCCCCGCGGGGGUGGGGCCGAGCCCCCCGGCCGUGCCCAAGGUGUCGGUGCCGCCAUCGCCGGGGCCCGGCCCGGGCUCCGAGACCCCGACCGUGAGCCAGCUGGUGGCCAAGCCCCCCGCCCCGCCCAGCGCGGAGGAGGACGGGAUCAACCUGGAGGAAAUCCGGGAAUUCGCCAAGAACUUCAAACUGCGGCGCCUCUCGCUGGGGCUGACCCAGACCCAGGUGGGGCAGGCGCUGACGGCCACCGAGGGCCCCGCCUACAGCCAGUCUGCCAUCUGCAGGUUCGAGAAGCUGGACAUCACGCCCAAGAGCGCGCAGAAGCUGAAGCCGGUGCUGGAGAAGUGGCUGCGGGAGGCGGAGCAGCGGCAGCGCGAGGGGCAGCAGCACCUGCUGGAGUUCGUGGGCGGCGAGCCGGGCAAGAAGCGCAAGCGCCGCACCUCGUUCACGCCGCAGGCGCUGGAGGCGCUCAACGCGCACUUCGAGCGCAACGCGCUGCCCACGGGCGCGGAGAUCACGCGCAUCGCGCAGGAGCUGCGCUACGAGCGGGAGGUGGUGCGGGUGUGGUUCUGCAACCGCCGCCAGACGCUCAAGAACACCAGCAAGCUGAACGUGUUCCAUGUGCCCUGAGGGCCGCGCCCGGCCCGGCUCUGCCCCGCCGACACCGACACCGGGACCGGACCGGACCGGACCGGGUGCAGCAGCGCCCGGGGCGCCGGGCUGGGAGCGCUGGGAGCGCCCGCGGGUCCGCCCCGGCUCCUGCCACAGCACUUUGGGCACUGCUCUGUCCCUCUGCCACCUGGUUCUGUCAGCGCACCUGUACCCGUGUCACCUGAUUCUGUCACCGCACCUGUCCCUCUGCCACCUGGUUCUGUCACCGCACCUGUACCCGUGUCACCUGAUU